AUGCAGGAAGCUCCGCAGAAGGGUUUCGUUGCUGAGAGUGCCGCCGUGGCAUGGGUGCAAGUGCAGCCAGAAAUGGACCCGUAUGCCAGGCGGGCGCAGCAGGCGGCGGCUGCCGUGCCGCCGCCGCCUGCCGUGCCGACCCCGCUGGACGAACUGGAGGCGUCGCUGGGCCCCGCCGACCGGGCGCGCACCGAGGUUGCGCUCGAGUCGCUGGCGUCGCUGGAAAGCAGGACCCCCGACUGGAAGCAUCAAACUGUAGACGAGCUGAAGCGGGACCUGGAGCAGAGGAAAUCCAAGCUCAAGGAGCUCAGAUUGAAGGACGGCGGGCAGAAGUUGGAGCUCAGCCACGCCCGCAUGGAGCGCUACAUCCGGCUGCGCGAGGAGCAGGAGCGGCAGCGGGGGCAGCAGCAGGAGGAGCAGCAGCAGCAGCAGCGGCAGCAGCAGCAGCAGCAGCACGGCACCACGUCCGACUGGCUUCAGCGGGCCAGGGCAAACCAGGAGGAGGCGGAGGCGGAGAUGGAGGCGACGGCAGGACGGCGGCAGGUGGUGCCUGCAGCGGCGGGGCCGCUAGGCCGCAAUCGCAACUUCGGCGGCUUGAGCUACGGCCACGACGGGGAGGGCAUGGCACACAGUGUGCCGCUGGUGGCCAGCGCCAAGCUGCUGACUGUCACCAGCAAGCAGAGCAAGCAGCAGCAGGCGCCGCGACCUCAGCAACAGCAGCAGCAGCGGUGCACUAGGACCGGCGACGAAAUCCAGCUUUGCUUUUCCUGUAUCAACAGAAACCCGGACCUCCAGCCCAUCCCCAACAGGCCGCGGCGGCAGUCCACUAUUGAGGAUGGCCUGGCUGCUCAGCAGCAGCGUGCUGCCCCCAGCCGGCCGGCAGCCAGCAAGCAGCAGCAGGGCCGCAUGGGGCCCCUGAAUCUGCAGCCUGUGCCGCCGGCUGCCUUCCACAGCCAGCUACCCGCAGCCCGCAACGCCUCUGUUUGGGCAGGCGCCGGUGGCGGCGGCGGCAGCGCGGCAGGUGGCAGCCGCAAGCCCAAGCGCGGCAAGGGGGCAGAGGAUGAGGAAUAUGUGCCCGGCAGGGAGGCGGCGCAGACGCUGCACGCAGAUGAGGACGACAGCGACUACGAUUGGAAUAGCAAGGGAGGGCGCAAGCGGCACAGGCAGCAGGGGCGGCGCAGCGGCUCGCGUGUUCGUGGCGGGCAGCAGGACGCGGAGCCGGUCUGCAUCGACCUGCUGAGCGACGAGGACGGCGCAGAGCACCAGCACGGCGGCGCGGCAGGGCGCGCAGCGGCAGGGGCUGCUGCCGAGGAGGGCCCCGCCCGCCGCGCCCGUCCCGCCCGUGCCGCCGCCCCGCGCUCCUCCGCUGAUCGCUUCAAGGGCCUGACGUGCCUGUACCCGCCGGGCGGCGGCGCCGGUGCGGUGGAGGUGACGGCGCUGGACCUGCCCCGCCUGGACCCCGAUGAGUUCCUGAACGACACAGUCAUCGACUUCUACAUCAGGUGGCUGCAGGACCGCCUGCCGCAGGAGGUGCAGCAGCGCUGCUACUUCUUCAACACUUUCUUCUUCAAGAAGCUGACCGAGGAGCAGGGCGGCGUGCUGCCGCCGGAGGUGGAGGAGUGGGCCAAGCAGGAGGGGAUCAAGGGGCCAAAGCUGCAGGCGCUGCGCAACCACCAGAAGGUCAAGAAGUGGACCAAGGAUGUGGACUUGUUUGAGAAGGACUACAUCUUUGUUCCGGUCCACGAGGCGCUGCACUGGAGCCUCAUGGUGGUCUGCCACCCAGGGGUGGUGUCGCCGCCCGACACGGUGCAGAUCCGGCCAGGGGACAAGACAGCCUGCAUCCUUCACCUGGAUUCUCUGUCGGGCAGCCACAGGAGCCUCACGAUGGCCAACCGGCUGCGCCUCUACCUCCAGUUUGAGUGGCACAUUAAGUCGUUGCCCACCGCGCCCGACGGCGGCGUGCCCAAGAGGUGGGCUGAGGCGCACCCGGGCCAGACCCGCUGCUGGAUGCCGACUAGCUUCCCAUACAAGGCGCCCAAGGUGCCCACCCAGGACAACCACUGCGACUGCGGCCUGUUUGUGUGCAGCUACAUCGAGUACUUCACACAUCGGCUGCCCAAAGCCAUCUGCUGGCCAGAUAUUGACACGCUGAAGGGCUACGCCAAGACCAACCGUGACCUGUUUGAUGGCACCCCCGACUGCGUUCCGGGCCUGCUGACGCAGAAGUGGUUCCCCAGCGGCAACCCCUCGCACCUGCGCUACCAGAUCCGCACCCUGAUCCUGGAGCUCAUGGCGGAGCGGUGCGGGCUGUGGGACCGCGCCACCGGGGGGUGGAAGGACGGGGACGAGAUGGCGGAGGAGGUGAAGCGGGAGCUUCUGGAGCUGGAGCACAAGGCGGCUCAGUAUAUUCUGCCCGACAGCGGGGCAGCGGCCGCGGUUGUAGAGAAGCAGGAGCGGCAGGAGGCGCUGGAGCGAAGGCAGCUGGAGCAGGCGGCACGGGAGGAGGACAGGAAGGCGCAGCGCCCGCAGCGGCAGGAGGGAGCUGCCAAGGGCCCGGCGGCACCUGGCAGCCGAGCAGACCGAGAGAUACAGGCUGCGGCGGCCGAGGCGCGCCUGCGCCGCCUGCGCCAGAACGUGCCUGAACGCGCUCCUGAACGCGACGCGGGCAUGGCUAGGCAUUUGUUCGACGGCAUCUUGGAUGUGGCUGCGCAGCGGGACAGCACUGAAGAGGAGGAGUCCUUUGAGCAGCUGCCCGACAAGCCUCGGCAGCGCCUGCAGCAGCGGCCUCGGCAGCAGUUCAGCCCUGGCCCUCAGCAGCAGCAGAAGCUGGAUGAUUGGGCGGAUGAGGAUGAGGGCGGGCAGGGUGGCAGCAUGCCGGACUUUGAUCCCGGCUUUGCUGUCGACCUCAGCGAUGGCAAUGCGGAGGAGCCGGAGGAGCCGCAGGGAGCAGCAGCAGCGGCGGCAGGCAGCCAAGAUGAUUGCCGCCGGUCAGCCUCACCCGAGCUCUGCCCCGUGCCACAGCCCAGCCCUGCGUCGGCAAGCGGCCUCCCAGGCAUGAGUGGCAGCGCCCUGCCCAGCCGAGGUGCAGGCCAGCUCAAGUCACUGUCGCGGCGGAAGCGGAGGCAGGUUCUGGAUGACGAGCAGGACGAUGACAGCACCCAGCCUGCUGUCCCUGCCUAUGGCGCAGCGCAGCAGCAGCAGCAGCAGCAGCUGCAGCAGCAGGCACGAUUUCUAGCGGGGUCGCCGUCACUCGGGGGCGGUGCGGACGCCAGCAGCAAGGAAGACGAGGACAGCGAGCUGGACAUCGUUGGCGACGACGGCGCUGCUGCCAAGCCUUGGCCGCAGCUGGAGCAGCCCGUGGCGGAGCACCCGAGCAGGCGAGGCCCUGCUGGCAUGCUUCACCUACUCUGCGGUCCUGCGGCGCACGCCAACGAUGCGCGCCAGGACGACAGCUGGGAGGAAGCCGGGCCAGGCAGCGGCAGCAAGCGGGCCAGACACCAGCACCAGCACCAGCACCAGCACCAGCAGGAGGCCGUGGCAGAUGAGGAUGGCGGCGGCGAGGAUGAAGUGCUCGACAUCGACGGCAGCAGCAUCCCAGCCGAGCAGCCAGCCAGCCAGCAGCCGGCGGCUGCUGCUGCGGCGGCGGCGCCUCAUGUGCAGCAGGAUGGCGAGGCGGGGCAGGAUGCUGCUGCCGCUGUCCCUGCCUCCUCGCCAGUGGCAGGCCCCGUGGGGCCACCCGUCCACGCCUCGGCAUCGGGCUGCGGCCUGGUGGCGCAGCAGAUGGAGCACCUGCACCUGCAACCCAGCGACGCCUCCCGGCCUCCCGCCCAGGCCGCCGCUGCCCGGCUCCAGCAGCAGCUGGAGCAGCAGCGCAUGCAGCAGGCGGCGGCGGCAGGGGCUGCUGCUGCAGAGGAGGUGCACGAUCUCACAAUUGAGGAUGCCCCGCCAAGGCAGGAGCCGCCGCCGGCAGCGCCAGCCGCGGUGCUAGCACCACAGCCGCAGCAGGAGCUGCAGGCAGAGCAGGCGUGUGGCGGCAGAGGCGCCGCCGCAGCGGCGGUGGGCUCUGGCGGCAGCGGCGAGCGCACUCUGGCAGCCAAGGCGCAGGGCCAGCAGCAGGCGCAGCAGCAAGUGCAGCAGCAGGCGAAGCGCAAGCGCAAGUCCGCCGGCCCUUUGCGGAUUUCAGAGGCGGCGCAAACGGUUGGCGGCGACCAGCCGCAGACCUGGAACCCGCAUCUGUUGGUCGGCGGCAGCCAGGAGGCGGGCGCGGGCCCCAUUCAAGGCCCGGCGCCGCAGGCUGUCCCCAUGCGGCAGAUCGUGUGGGGGCAAACCCCGGCUCCUGAGAAGGGCACGGGCUCCACAGCCCUGAAGCUGUUCCACCAUCCCCACGGUCCCCAGGCGCCUGGGUCUGCAGUUGCGGGCGGCCACCUGGGUCAGCUGGGGCAGCCCCAGGAGUUCCACCAGCGCUACUCCGUGGCAGCGCAGCGGCAGCAGCAGCAGCGGGCGCAGGGCGCGCAGGGCAGCAGCCCGCGAAUGGCGCCGGCCUCGGGCGACCCGCGCCUGGCGGCUGCCGCCGCGGUGGAAGCGGAGGCCGCCGUGUAUGCCGCGCUGCCGGCAGCUGAGCGCAAGCUGCAGCAGCAGCAGCAGCUGGCGAGCAAGGCUGGGGGCGGCCACGCCACCAGCCCCCUGCACCCGGACCAAGUGUCGCAAAUGCUGCAGCAUGUGAAUGCAUAUAACCGCAGCCUGCCGCACCACCACCAGGCUCCCGCCUCCAUCGAUGGUGCACAGGUCAAGCACUUAACCUCAGCCUUUGUCAAGCAGGCCCAGCGUCUCAAGCAGCACCGGCGGGCAGCAAAGCACGGCAGGCCGGUGCGGCCGCGCAGCGCGCCGGCGGCCCCGCCGCAGCAUCAGCAGCUGGAUGCAGCGGUGGACCUUACUGGCUUGGAUGACGACUGA